AAAAAAAAAAAAAAAAAUCGGUAUUUAUGACUGGGUUGAUAAUUACCGAGGUGUGCCAAACAUGUUUACACAGUAAAUCAAAGUGUCACGGACUGCUACACACAUGUAGCUGGAGGAAAGAGUUGUUUUUCACAGGUAUCUCGAGUUAAAGACCAGAGAAUGAAUUUGUUACUGAAGGAUCACAGUGAGUUUGUGAAGCCAGAGUACUGGGAGCAGUUCUUCAAGAAGAGAGGGGCAAAAGCUUUUGAAUGGUAUGGAGAGUACCCAGAAUUGUGUGGAGUACUCCACAAGUACAUCAAGCCACAGGACAAUAUCCUGGUAGUUGGCUGUGGUAACUCCCAGCUCAGUGCAGACCUGUAUGAUGUUGGCUAUCACCGGAUAGUAAACGUAGAUAUCAGUGAUACUGUGAUCAGACAGAUGCAAGACAAAAAUGAACAUCAAAGACCUGAUAUGAAGUUUCUGAAAAUGGAUGUCUUAAAUAUGGAGUUUUCUGAUGGAGAGUUUACUGUAGCACUAGAUAAAGGUACUCUUGAUGCAUUAAUGGUGGAUAGCUCAGAGAAAGUGGUCAGUGAUGUAGAACAGAUGUUUAACGGGAUAGACAGGGUACUGAAGCUGAUGGGACGAUACAUUUGUAUAUCUCUGCUACAAGAACAUAUCCUUGAUAAAGUUAUCCACUUUUUUUCAGAAAAGGGCUGGGCAGUGAGAAUACAUCGUAUACAUACAGAAGAAUCGGGAAACUCAGACAGGGAGUUUCACAUGCCAGUGUUUGCAAUGAUCUUUACCAAGUUCAAGAAAAAUCCAAAAUUACCACAGGUAACACAAUUUCCUUGAUUCAGUUAAACAGCU